AAAUUUCAAGAAAACAAAACUACUAUUUAAUCCUUCCAACUUUCCUUUUUCCUCUGCGCAUUUAUUUCCUUAUCCCUUCCGUACACUGUAAAUCAAUAUAGAACGGUUGCUUCCUUCUUCGUCCCACUUCCAUGGCUUCUUCAACUCGUCUUUCUUCACACUCCAUUGAUUCAUAGCUACUUACCCUUUUGGAUCUAACCCCAAUUUUCAUUUCUCCUCUUCGACUUCCACUGCCAUAGUUUGCUCAAUACUUGCAACGAGUUCUUCAAUCCUUUUGUGAGCCUUCUUUCUCCACGCUCUGAAUGGAACUCGACGGCGAAUUUCCAGAAUUCCAGAGCAACCCAUUGGAGCUGAACCUAAUCCUCGUCGUGGGCUCUUACCAGUUCUUCCUUUAGGUAUUUAUUUCAUUGUCUUCCUCAGGAUCUGAUUGGAAAAGGGAGGACGAGAAACUUUUUUCCCGCCUCUUCCAUGUUUAUUAGGGUUUGGAAAUGGAUUACAGUAGGAGGGAUGGAAAUGUCGUCCAUGUGAUUCAAACCGGCGAGUAUUGGAUUCCGAAACCUUCCGAUUCCAAUCCCGCUCCUGUCUGGGCAACUGAGGACGAAUACCGCGCCUGGAAUCAUCUUACCGCCGACGGCGGUGAACCUCCGAGCAAGAAGACAAAAGGAAGUUCAUCAAAUUCGUCAAUUUCAGCGAGUUCCCAGGUACAGGAGCAAGCUUCGAAGAAGACGAUUGGGAAGAUGUUCUUCAAGACGAAGCUGUGCUGUAAGUUUCGGGCAGGGACUUGUCCUUAUAUAACCAACUGCAACUUUGCUCACAGCAUGGAGGAGCUUCGUCGUCCGCCGGCGAACUGGCAGGAUAUAGUGGCGGCUCACGGGGACGAAAAGGGAGGUAAUAAUGGGGCAGCUGAGAUUAUCAGGGAGGAGUUUCAGAUUCCUGCGGUUGGUGGUGGAUUUGGAGCUGAGACGCAGAGGUCUUAUAAAGGUAGGCAUUGCAAGAAGUUUUAUACUGAGGAAGGGUGCCCUUAUGGAGAGAGUUGUACGUUUUUGCAUGAUGAGCAGUCCAGGCAUAGGGAGAGUGUGGCGAUAAGCUUGGGGCCUGGAGGAUAUGGUGGAGGAGGAGGUGGUGGGGGUGUGGGUGCUGGUAGUAGCAGCAUAGUGUUAGGUGGAGGAGGUGGAGGUGGAGGAGGGAGCGGAGUUAUUGUGGUUGGAGGAAAUGGAAGUGCUGCUGCUGCUGCUGCUGCGAAUUUGAAGCCAUCGAAUUGGAAGACGAGGAUAUGUAAUAAGUGGGAACUCACUGGGUAUUGCCCAUUUGGGAGCAAAUGCCAUUUUGCUCAUGGAUCUGCAGAGUUACAUCGGUAUGGAGGCGGGCUUGUGGACUCAGACACCAAAGAUGCUCCUGCUGCUGCUACAGACUCAAAGACAGGAGCUGCGCCUUCCAAAACACCCCUCGACUCAGUGGUUGCUUCAAUGACUUCAGUCCCUCAUUCUGAUACGUAUCAUCACCUCGGAGUUCCGUCUCAAAGAUCAUCAGCUAUCCUUAUCCCGAGAUCAGGCCACAGAGCUCAUCAGAAAUGGAAGGGUCCAGAUAAAAUCAGCAGGAUAUAUGGUGAUUGGAUCGAUGAUAACGAAUGAAUGCACCCAACUUACUAAUGUCAAUCUUGUAAGAAGUGUAGAUGGGUUAGAGCGAAACGCCGAAUGGGACCAGAAGAGCCGUUCGCUUGUUGUAGUUUCUGUGUAUGUUCUGUCAUGUAAGCUAAUGUGUUUGUGUUGUUGUACUCUGUAGUUUGCUGCCACUUUAGUGAUGUUAGACGCUCUUGUAGUUUGAAUGAAGAGGAAGGAUAUGUAUGUGUUGUCUGUAUAGUGGGAAGAGCUGUUUGGAAAAGAGAAUGUAUCUGAAUUUGAUUUCCCACAAAGCCUAAAUUUGCAAUCUUUAAUGUUGCCUGUUUAGGCUCAUUAUUUUCUUUUUGUGUACAAUUGUAAGUGCAUCAGACAUAGCCAAUGUUAUAGAUUCUAUU